CAUGACUGUCUCCUUUUACGGAGCCUCCUCGCCUUUCUCCGGUUACUUGUAGGUUAAAUUAGUUUGUCUUUUUCCACACCAAAUUCUCGCCCACAUUCACCGGGACAGCGCCCUGCGCAUCUCAGCAUGGGCACCGUCCAUGCCCGGAGCCUGGACCCUCUGCCCAUGCAAGGGCCAGAGCUGGGAGUUCAAGCAGAUGACAUCGAGGCCCCAGAGAUUGAGCAGGAGCCAAAGCAAGAAGUUCUCGAAAACAAGGAUGUUGUGGUUCAACGAGUGCACGUAGAUGGGCUCGGAAGAACCAAGGAGGACCUGUUGACUUAUGAAAUUGCAGAAGUUUUCCGGGCGAAAAACUUAAUUGAUGUGAUGCGAAAGUCCCAUGAAGCCCGACAGAAGCUGCUGCGUCUUGGUAUCUUCAGAAAAGUCGAAGUUGUUAUCGACACCUCACGAGGUGAGGACGCUCUUCCUAAUGGCCUCGACGUGACCUUUGAGGUCACUGAGCUGAGACGGAUGACCGGCAGCUACAACACCAUGGUUGGGAACAAUGAAGGAAGCAUGGUACUCGGCCUAAAGUUACCAAAUGUAUUGGGUCGCGCAGAGAAACUGACCUUCCAGUUCUCCUAUGGCACUAAAGAGACAUCCUAUGGCCUGUCCUUCUUCAAACCCCAACCAGGUCACUUUGAACGCAAUAUCUCACUCAACGUGUACAAAGUAACAGGUCAGUUUCCAUGGAGUUCACUGAGGGAGACGGAUCGAGGCGUCUCUGCAGAACUCAGCUUCCCCGUGUGGAAGACCAACCAAACCCUGAAGUGGGAGGGAGUCUGGAGAGAGCUGGGAUGUCUAGCUCGCACUGCCUCGUUUGCCGUCCGGGAGGAGAGUGGCCAUUCCCUCAAAUCCUCACUUUCGCAUGCUAUGGUCAUUGACACCAGAAAUUCCUCCAUCCUUCCCAGGAAAGGUGGCCUACUGAAGAUCCAUCAGGAACUUGCUGGAUACACUGGGGGGGACGCCAGUUUCCUGAAGGAGGACUUUGAGAUCCAGCUCAACAAAACACUCUUCUGGGACUCAGUCCUUUCUGCCUCAUUGUGGGGUGGUUUGCUUCUACCCAUUGGUGACAAGCCAACAAGCAUAGCAGACAGGUUCUAUCUAGGCGGCCCCACCAGUAUCAGGGGAUUCAGUAUGUACAGUAUGGGCCCACAGAGUGAAGGUAUGGCAGGUGACUACCUGGGAGGAGAGGCCUACUGGGCUGGAGGCCUCCACCUCUACACCCCUCUACCCUUCAGACCAGGCAGGGGCGGCUUUGGUGACCUCUUCAGAACACACUUCUUCCUCAAUGCCGGAAACCUUUGUAACCUCAACUAUGGUGAGGGGCCACAAGCACAUUUGAAGAAACUGGCAGAAUGUAUCCGUUGGUCAUACGGGCUGGGCAUUGUGCUGCGUUUGGGAAACAUUGCCAGGCUGGAGCUGAAUUACUGCAUUCCCAUGGGAGUCCAGAGUGGAGACAGGAUAUGUGAUGGGGUCCAGUUUGGAGCAGGAAUCAGAUUCCUGUGAACUCACAUUUGUUGGAACUUCCUUGUGCUUCCCCGUUAACUUUAUGCUAGGAGGGAGAAAUUGCUUGUUCAGACUUGUUGUUGCAACUCAUUGGUUCAAUAAAAGUGUUUUCACUGACA